GAUUGCUUAAUUUUAAAAUAAAAUAAAUAAAAAAGCAGCAAAGCAACUAUCUGAAGAAAACUAACAAUUCACUCGAUCAUCAUCUGAUCUGAACACUACACACAUAAUAGACACGCGUAAACCCUAAUCGGUUGUAAUAGAAUAAAGUAGGGCGCGAUGGAUGUAGGUGAAUUGUGGACAAUAUUCGGGCCUGGUCUCGCCGGAGCAGUGUUCGGCGCCGGCUGGUGGUUUUGGGUGGACGCCGUUGUUUGCAGUGCCGUUGCCGUGUCUUUUCUGCACUAUCUUCCGGGUAUAUUCGCAUCAUUAGCUGCUUUGAUGUUCAAUUGUGUUCGAAGAGAGGAUAUUGAUUACUCUCCUUAUGAUGAUGGCGAAUGGAGAUUAAAGCUUUGGCUUUUCCUCGCUUAUGUUAUAUCAUUUGUCUCUUUGGCGGCUUCAGUAGGACUAUUGAUACAAGACGCACUUGAGGAAUCAGGCCCGUCAGCAUGGACAGGGACUGCUGGGGUAUUCCAAUGUGUGUUUGUUCUUAUAAGUGGGCUGAUUUAUUGGACUUCUCACACAGAGUAAGUUUGUAAAUCGUGUAAUAUGGAGCCAAGAAUUAGCUGCCGAAGUGUUUUCUGCAAUGCGCCAUUCUGUGCGAAAUGAAAUUGUUCCUCACUCUUGCCUUUGUAAAUCUCUUGUUGUAUACAACUGUGUUGGUUUGUGUUCUUGUAACUUGUUGCGCUUUCAUGAGCACAGAUUUGAUGAAGGUUUACAUUCUUGAUAUAUAUGAUUAUCACCAUGGUCCUCAAAUUUUCUAGCA